UUGUUUACGGUCGCGAGGUCACUCAUUAUCAUUUUAAAAGAAUAACAACCAUAGAAAAAAAAGAUGAAAACAACAACCUGUAACUUAUUUGGGUGUGAAUCACUGUGGCACGCCCGGAACAGACAACCAAACACAAAUCACGAUUAAUAAUAUUUAUUUACUACUGAAUAUUGUAACGAUUUACGAUAACGAAAUUUAAAUAGGUAAUUGGUAAUUAUUCAGUAAACCUUUUGAUUUGUUCGUUAAAUGUCUCAUACGAGUUAUCUUUAAGAUUGAAAAAUUUAAUUUUCGUUCCUUUAAAUAAUAGUGUCUGUACUCUAUCGAUAAAUAGUUGUGUCUAAAAAGAUUUUUGAAAACUAAACUAUAUAAAAUAUGAUUUUCUUUAAUAAUUUACUAUCAGUUCUCACAUUAAUCACAGUUAUUAUAAACUUGAGUGAGUCCUUGGAAUGUUAUGUUUGUACAAACCAAGAUCAAAACCAUGAAAAAUGUUUGAAUACAAUUAAGACAUGCGAACCGGAAGAAGAUAUGUGUUUAUCAGAAAUCAGUUGGGGAUCUCCUCCAUAUUGGGUAGAAGGAGGAAUCAAACAAUAUUAUGUAUCAAAGAGAUGUGCCACAAGAGCUACAUGUGAUGCUGUAAAAGCAAAAACAAUGCCCUUUUGCACGUACCUAUGGUAUCAAGAUUGGAAAUGUGCCGAAUGUUGUUUAGGCGACCGUUGUAAUUUCUACAUAACUAUGGGCAGUAGUGCAGUAAAAUCCAAUUUGAUUGUAUUAUUGGGAUGCAUUGCCAUAUUGCUUGGAUUCCAUGCUACCAAAACCGUAUAGUUUAUUCCAAAGGGUUGUUUAUUAGCCACAAGGAGAUAUUUUUAUAUAUUGACACGACACCAUAUAUUUUUAUAAUUAUUUAAUACUAAAAAAAUAGUUUAGUUCAACUUUAGAUCGUUUAGUUUUUAGUCUCUUUUUAAUUAUAUAAGCAUUUAAAUAAGUAUAUUUACAGAUAUUUACAGUAUUAUUUUUAAUCAUAAGUAAAAAGUUCCGUCCAAAUAUUGAUUUGUUGAUACAAACUUGUA